GAGAAGAGCGCGGUGUCCCCUGGGCGGCCGGGGGACACAAGCGGCGUUGGCUAUUCAUCAUCCAUAGAGUCGUUACCAGCGCCGGUGGCAUCGGCAGAGGCGACAGACUCAUAUGAAGACCGAAAGAAGACCAUCAUGGGUGCCAUUAAACUCCUCCUUCAAACUUCAUCAACUGUUCUUAAGUUUGCUCCUAUACCAAAUCUCGAUCAGAUUCCGACCACCCUUCUGACCUGGAUUCAAGCCUACGAGAGUGUCGCCAGCAACGUCGAAGACAUGGAGAAGUUGUAUGUUGUAAUCCAGCAAGUUCGGGACUCGGUACUUCAGCCCCUCCGGGAAUGGACCGGAGAGAUUCCCCCGAACUAGAACAUCUAACACGAGAUUUCCACGCGGCUCUGAAGAAACAAGUAGUAGAAAUCAGAUCAGUCCAGCACAAAAAUCUGCUUCAGAGGGCUAUUCGAGCGUCUGAUAUCACACAACAAAUAAAUUACAUGAAGAAUUGUCUAAAUGAUUCCAUUUAUCGCUCCCAGCUCAGAAUGUCGACUUUAAUUCUGCUUCGUACCGAGCGUUUGUCGGUGCAGUCCGAGCUUUCGAGACUCAAGCCAGUCGCCACCGAGUACAUGUAUGUCAAGAGCAAGUCGGAAUGCCUUGAACGGACGCGGGUCCAGAUGCAAGCAUCUCUACUGGAGCGUCUCAAGGCCUCUGAGAAUCGAUUCACCUGGCUGCGUGGUUCUCCUGGUACUGGGAAGACCGCAAUUUGUACGAGUGUUGCAUCCACCUUCAACAGUCAGGGUACCCUGGCGGCGUCGUUCUUCUGGGAUAAAAACCAAGCAGGAACAGGCCUCGAUUCCAUUGAUCGCUUUCCUUCCACCCUCGCGCACCAACUGGCAGUCUUCAACGAGGACUUCAAGAUGUCACUUGCCAGACGCCUUCGGCAACCAUAUUUAGGCUUUGUCAAGAACCUUCCUCUGGAUAAACAAAUGGACACUUUGGUCAUCGAGCCAAUGUGUAAUGUGAUGGGAAUAUUGCCUUCUGGCGAGGGUCGCUUCAUUAUCAUCCUAGACGGCUUAGAUGAGUGUGGGAAUCCUGAGGCACUUAAGACUUUAAUGAGGCUUGUACUGAAGCUUCAUGACCUGCCCUCCUCAUUUGCUGUGUUGGUCAGCUCUCGUCCGGAGAUGCAGGUUAUUCGGGCUUGGGCUCGAGUUCAAUCGAUGGGUCAUGUCAUUCCAUGCGAAGACAUUGACAUGAUUGACAAGGGUGAGACUUUCCUCACAAUACGCCGCAUGGUUAAGGGCCUUGAGGACUGCAUCUUCGAAUCAUUGUGGAAACCGUCGGGGAAAGAUCUUGAUGCCUUUGCUUUGGCAUGUCGUGAAUUGCCCGUUAUAGCUUCACUGCGCAUACGUGAGGUCUGCAUUCGGACUGAACGGGGUGCCACCCUCAAAUCCGAGUUUAAUUACUUCCGGAACCUCAUGGAUGCUCCGACUGGUCUCAAAUCUGAGUACCUGCGAAUACUGCGGCGAGCCUAUACUCUUGACUCGCUACCUGCCCGUCCGAGUGUAAUUGAAAAUUACCGCCUUGUAAUGGGGACGAUCACUGCGGCACGGAAACCAUUGAGUGUGUAUUCUAUUGGACAACUCAUCGGAAUUACGGAGGAUGAAGUCCAUGCGACUCUGAGACCGAUUAGUUCCAUCGUCAAUCUUCCUUCAACACAAGAGGGGAAACCCCAUUUUUAUCAUGCAACGGUGAAGGAGUUCAUUUUGGGAGCACCAAUUGAUGCAGGUGAUCAUUCGUUCUUUAUCAGUGAUAGAAAUGGGUAUUUCUUGGGGUUGCCGCUCCUUCAAUUUUUGAGGGGUAUCUUCGAGCGGAAUGAAUUAGCAAUGCCUACCGAAGGUCCUUUAGGAGACGAGGAGAAGUGGAAGGACUUCCAGAAGGAGGAGCGACCCAAACAUAUCCGAUAUGCUGUCAAGUACUUAUUCAGCCACUUGGAUCCCUCAAAGCUGUUCUUGAAAGACUCCAGUGAAUUGCAACGGGAGUUUGAUCACUUGCUUACCCAUAACCUGCUUGCCUUCAUGGCACUCUUGUGCAGUGAAUUCGAGUUGCCGGAUGAAUUACUUCGAUGUAAUAACCACAGUUCAAUCGAGCUUUUACGAGAAACCAAGAGGGUGAACAAAUACAUCCUUGAAUACAGUUUUCAGCUCGGACGCCACUCUUCAGUAGGCAACACAAGUGCUUGUGAUGGCAGCCAUUCAUUUGAUCCUUGGCACAUUUUUCGAUCGGUGCUUCCCUUUUCGCCUCCAAUUUUCAGAUUUUAUCACCAUCUCUCGGAUCCUGUUUGUAUCUUCAGCAUUUACAGAGAAUUCACUGGUCAUUUAAUUCCAUUAAAGUGGGUCAACCGACCACGAAGCGGAAUUUAUCAAUCCUGGUAUUCGUAAUGGUAUAGUAACUUUGGCAGCAAUCUCAAAAGAUGGUGCUUGCGUCGCGCUCGGCUUUGGGAAC